AUGUCCGCAGAGAGUCGCGAUAGCGUCCGCUGUCGCAAAUCGUCCAACCCGUACACAAGGCAGGAUUUGAAGAAUGCAAUCAAUCUGAUCGUGGACCGCGGUAUCUCUAUCCGGCGGGCGGCCCACGUGUGCAACGUACCACGUACCACGCUGUCCACCUACCUGAAGUCACUUAAGCACGGCAAAAUAAGCAAGCUGUUGCUCCAGGAGGAGCAAGCCCUGUACCAGUGGAUGACGGACUGUUGCAAGCGAGGCUUUUCAAUUAAAAAGCGCAACGUGGAAACGGCCGCGGAAGCGUUGGUCCAGAAGAAUGAACCACCCCGUACGCACCCUUUCCAGGAUACUGAAUUCGGGCGGCGAUGCUAUCAAAAGUUCGUGAAGAGAUGGCUGUCGAUUGAUCGAGUGAAGGAGCGGAAACAUCUCGGCAUCAUCAUGGAUUGGUUUCUGCACAUCGAAAGCUAUCUGAACGAAUCGAACCUGUUCGAAAUACUAUCCCAACCGGCCCGUGUCUUUCUGUGCGAUGAGUUACGCUUUCGGGAGCGGGUCGAAAUGAAUGAAAGCGUUCGGGCGUUACUGAAGAAAAUGACCAUGCUGUACACUUUCUCGGCUGCCGGUCAGCAUCUGUCACCGCUGCUCGUGUACCCGUACCGGCGCGAUGUUCCACCGCACAUAGUACAGGCGGCACCGAAAAACUGUGCCAUAGUAGCGCACGAGUACGGGCAGGUGACGCCGAAAACGUUUGCCGCCUAUCUGGACAAGGUGGUGGAUAAGUUCGUGACGACCAACAACAUACCGAAGCCGGUGAUUAUAUUUGUGGACGAAUCGCAGGUCGAUUUGACGCUGCAUCUGCACAACACCUGCAAACGGUUGGGUGUGGUGCUGAUCGGUUUAUCGGCGACACAGGUGGUGAAACCAACCGGGAACGCAUUCAACGACAUCUGCAGUGGCUGGGAACGCGAACUUCCGAAGUGGGAAAAGGACAAUGGGCGUGAAUUCACGCUGGCGGAAUGUGCUGGACUGAUGCAGCAGAUAAACCAACGGUACAUCAAGAGUACGGUGCUGGUAAAGGACUUUGCGGACAGUAAUUUGUGUCCGUGGAAUCGGCCGGUACGCGAUACAACGGUGGAGGGCGAUGAAGGCACUGUGGCGUAUGACGAUAUGAUGGAACUGGAAGACGAAGACGAUGAUAUAGAGAUUGAGCAUUUCCUGGAGAAUGUGGAUGAAUGGUCGGAUGGAGAGGAAGGAGACGAAGAUGUGGACUUUGACGACGAGGACGAAUGUAUGGAUGAGUUCAACGAUAUGGUGGAUGGCGUUGAUAAUGAACAGUGUGCGGAGGAGCUAGAAAACGAAGCGGAAGAACGAAAGGAAGCAGACGUCGAGCCGGAAAAAACAAGCGAGCCAGCUCAGCCGGUUGAAACAAAACCGGACAACAAGGAUUCUUCACCGGAAAAGUACAAAACCACCGAAGCAACCUGUUCAAAGCCCGUUCCCGUGCAAACGGCCAACGGGAAUGAAAGCGAUCAAACGCAGCAAACGACCCAACAAAACGCCGCCACAAGCUCGGAAGCGGAAGAUAACGAAGACGGACCACCGGACGAUAUCGAUAUCAGUAUUAAUUUCAUCGAUUUCAAACGGGCCAUCGGAAGUGAGCUGACGGAAAAGUUUGAGCGUAAGCUGGAGAUUGAAAAUCGUCUCCCACUGGCGAACCAUGCCGAGAACGUGCUGUUCGACAUUUAUCGCCAAUUUCGGUGCGAUAUCGUGACCGAUAGUGAUGACGAUUACGACAUUGUAGAGGUGGGUGAUGAUUGA